UCUGUCCCUCUCUGUCCCCCUCUGUCCCUCUCUGUCCCUCUCUGUCCCCCUCUGUCCCGGGUCGUCUCGUGUCCAGGAUGUCUGCAGAAAGCGGUCUGGAGUCGGUGGACUUUGAGGUCUUCGGCCAUGUUCAGGGUGUCUGCUUCAGAAUGCUGCUAAUCCGACCAGAUCUCCAGUCCUUCCUGUCAUCGUGUCGCCGCCGUCCAUCAGCCUCAGAGACGGCGCUGCUGCGUCUCUCAGUCUGGACUGAAACCAGCAGCUCCUCAUGUCUUCAUUUCAAAGUGAGGGAAACGUCUCCUGUCCUGCAGCACACAGAGAAAGAGGGUCUGCGCCUGGUGGGCUGGGUGAAGAACACGUCCUCUGGGACGGUGGUGGGACAGGCGCAGGGACCGGCCGCCAUGGUGGAGGAGAUGUGAGACACUGAGACACACACUGAGACACUGAGACAUUGAGACACUGAGACACACACUGAGACACU